AUGCUAGGAAAACACUUAGAAGCCAAUGGCCACACUGUGAUUCAUGCUACAGAUGAUGCUGACACACUGAUUGUAAGAACAGCAUUGACCUUGGCAGAAGAAAAGCACGUAACAGUUGUUGCUGAUGACACCGAUAUUCUGGUACUUUUAAUUUACCAUAACAUACGAAAUAUUUGCUUGCAAUCAUCUACGUACAGUGAUAGAAAACGUGAUAUUAAAUCGAUGCAACAUAUACUUGGUGAAAAGGAGUGCAAAAUCAUUCUCUUUUCCCAUGCUUUAACCGGAUGCGAUAUCACAAGCUCCUUAUUUGGGAAAAGUAAAUCGGCAGCAUAUCGACAUUUUUGGAAAUGUGAACAAUUUAGCAUUUGCGCUACUUUAUUUGGAUCAGAAAAUGAAAACAGAAAGGAACUUACAGACAUUGGCACCAAAGAAUAA